GAGCUCGUCCCACUCUCUCAGUUCCCGGCCGGCCGGCGGAGGAGCUGACUUCUGUUUGAUGGGUUUUUUUUUCAGGUCUUUUCCCCACCUGUGAAGAUGGGGUUUGAUGCCCUUUUCAUCGGCGUCUCUGUCUCACUCCCAGAAAGAAGUAAUAAAAGGCACUGCUGCUGCUGCUGCGACUACGACUGCGACUGCGAGAGAGAGAGCGACUGCUUCCACUGAGAAAAAGAAACAAGCCCUUCCACUCUACUACCCCAACUCCCCUCCCCAAACAUCGUACCAAAAGCGCUCCUCAAGCCCACUGGCUCUCCCCACCAUGGACUCCUUCAGCCUCCUCUCCUACUGGCGCGCUGCCCUCUCUUCCCACCCCACCAACAACCCCGACCUUAUCGCUACUGAAGACGACGAUGACGACGAUGAUGAUGAUGCCUCUUUCUUCGAUCUUGAGUUCUCUCAAGCCGUUGCUGAUGCUGAUGCUGAAGUCGACGACGAGGCCUCUGACGAUGAGAAUGCGUUCGGCCUCGAUCUUGCCUCCGAUGCCUCCUCCCCACCCCACGACCUUUUCCUCAAACCCUCGUCCACCAUCGUCUUCGAGACUGACUCCAAGCCCAGCCAGUUCCCCGCUUCUCUCCUCAAAUCCGCCACUAAACUCCGCGUCCUUAUGCUCGCUUUCAAGAAGGCGAAAGGCUCCACCGCUGCCGCGUCGGCCCCGUCGUCACCUAAGCUCGGUAAGUAUUUUAUCAAGUUCAAGGUCGAGGAGGUGCCCAUAGUGUCCUUCUUCACUCGUGACAGUAGCGCCAAGACCAAACCAGAGGUCACCACCACGGCGGACAGCGACGAGAAGAAGCUCUCCAAGGACGUCGUCCUCAAGUACCUCAACAAGAUCAAACCUUUGUACAUGAGAGUAUCUAGGCGAUACCUCGAGAAGCUCAUCGGAGAACGCAGCUCAUCAGAGAACCCACAAGCGCCACUCACCAACGUCGAAAAGGACAGCACCGGUGUCAUCCCUACAGGCCUAAGAGUGGUCCGCAAGAAGCUCAAAAAGAGCAGAUCAGCAUCAUCAGCGACAGCACCACCAUCACCUCCUCGCCGGCGAGACGACUCACUGAUCGAGCAACAAGAUGGGAUCCAGAACGCCAUCGCGCACUGCAAGCUCUCCUUCAACAAAGAGUCUCAAUCAUCCCGCUCACAAGGGUCCGAGUCACCGCUGAUCCGGUCACUGAGCGACCCAGGCGAGUGUUAGUUAAUGCUCGAGCUUUGGAACCAAGCCAAUGAAAUGUAAUGAAACGUAGUGUAAUGAUGUUAUCCAUCUUAAUCUUUUAAUCCUCUUAUUAAGCUUUGUAAAUCAUGCUUUUAAUUUUUUUUUAACUAAUUAGUUACUAAAAGA